AUGUGUAAUAAGCCAGUAGCUGUUGUUAAGGACACAUUUAACUUAGCAACGAGAAAAUGGGAAUUCAACCUUACUGCUGAUUUUGAAAAGUUUCAUAAUUUCCAAAAUUGUGAUUUAAAAAUCGGAUUUGAUCCUGAGUUUAGAGAACUUGGUAGGAAAGAUGAACUUGAUCGAGAAAUUAAAGGAAUUUUUGUCAGUUUAUUCAACAUAAUUGGUGAAAAAGGAAAUUUUAUUCCACGUCCUAUAAUCUUUCAACAAAACGAGAGUUAUCCUCUAAGAAGUCAUGCAAACUUUGCAUCGGGUAUAGACAUUUAUUCGGAUGUUAAGUCAUUGCUAGUUCCAACUCAUCAUGUAACAACAACAUUUGACCAAAUCGAUAUGAUUUUUAAGGUCACACCGAGUGAAAAGUACACAAAUUUUGAGAAAAUGGCGUUGCCUUUUGAUGAUGCCACUUGGGUCCUUUUGCUAGUAACAUUUUUCAUAGCAUUUUCUGUGAUUUUUAUGGUCAAUCAAUUACCUAUGAAAUUUCAAGAGAUCAUGUACGGAUCUGAAGUAAAAAUGCCAGCUUUCAACAUCAUUGGAACCUUUUUUGGAAUCAGUCAAACUCGACUCCCAACCUCGAAUUUUCCUCGAAUGAUUCUUGCAUUUUUUGUGUACUUCUGUUUAGUAAUUCGGACAGCUUAUCAAGGAGUAGCGUAUGAUAUGCUCACAAAUGACAUAAGACGACCAAAGAUAAGCCAACUCGUAGAUCUUUAUGCUGGAAACUACACAAUUUAUACUCUGAAUCAAACAAAUUUCGUCGUUCCAUUGCGAAACAUGAUUGAUGGUAGUAAAAAAAUUCAGAUCAAAGUGUUUGACAGCAUGACACGUUUUCAAAGAUCCUUCUGUCAAAACAUAAAUGAUUCAUCCAAAAAGAUAGCUUAUUUUGUUCCUCACACAGCAGCAACAGAAUAUGACUUUGAAUGCAAAUCUGCAGGUCAUCAAUUGGAUCAAAUUCUGUACAGUACACACAUUGGAUAUGCGGUUUAUCGAAAUAACUUCAUCUAUGAUCUUCUGCAGAAUGUUACUCAACAGUUGAUUCCAGCUGGAAUUCCACAACAUUUAGCAAAACUUAAUCAGUGGAUAAUCUUUAAAUCUCAUAAAGAAAUUGCUUACAAAAGUCCAUCAGUAUUGACAAUCGAUGAUCUUAGAACUGGAUUUCUAUUGUGGAUGGUUGCAUGCUGUAUAACAAUUGGUGUUUUUGUAAUUAUCAAUUUAAACGGAGUUUUAAUGCAGUAUGAAGAAUAUUCUACGACUCAAUCAUUCAUAGAUGUAAUACAUGAACUGUAUAUAAAGUCACAAAUCACAUUUGAUGUCAUUUUUAUUGGAUAUUCGAGCAAUGAUUUUGAAAUCGAGAUUGAUGACAUUUUAAAGUCAAUUGAAGAGAAAGUUCUAAUUGGCAGCAUAUAUUUUGUUACAUAUAAUAAUGUCAAGAUCUAUAGUCUUAAUCAGUCAGCUAUUUUGUUCUUUAAAUCAUAUCAAGAUUUAAAUUUUUUCAAUUCCAAUGCUCGACUUACAAAUCGAUAUCCAAAGAAAUUAGCUUUCUUGAUUCACGUGGAAAUUUUGACAAGACCAGAAUUUUUAGUAAAGCUUACAAAUCCAGUUCAAUUAGAUCCUGAUGUUGGGCACAUAAGUUUAUAUCAAUAUUUCCUAGUUCAAAAUUACACAACUAUGUAUCUUAUGACUUUUGAGUGGUUUACACCUCGCCAAUGUAAUAUCCAUCAAGGAAUUAAAAUCGAUGAAUUCGACAUGAUUACUCAAAAAUGGAAGUGGAACUUAAAUUACCAAUUUGUAAAAUUUAAAAACUUUCACGGAUGUCUUUUGGUCACUGGAUCUGAAGAUGGAUUUCAGGACAUGGCAUACAUAGAUUCACUAGAUUUAAAGACGAAAGGAUUUAUUGUAGAUUACACUAGAAUCAUAGCUGAAAAUGGAAAUUUUACAGCUUAUCAUCGGUUCCUUAAAUCAAAUUUAAAGUCAGAUAUCAACUCAGCUAAUCAAGGUUUGCUUGUCAAUAUUUUUCCACAAUUUAAGUCAAUGACUUUAAAUGAGCUUCACUUAACAACAGUGUUUGAGCAAAGUGAUAUGAUAUUUUUAAUCACACCGUCUGAAAAGUACUCAAAUUUUGAGAAAAUGGCGAUGCCUUUCGACUUAUCGACAUGGAUUCUUUUAUUCACUACUUUUUCGAUAGCUUUUACAGUAAUUUUUAUUGUCAAUCAAAUGUCAAGGAGUAUUCAAAAUAUAGUCUAUGGAAUCAAUGUCAAAAUGCCGGCAUUUAAUAUGAUUGGAACAUUUUUUGGAAUAAGUCAAUUCAAACUUCCAAAAUCGAAUUUUUCAAGGAUGAUUUUGAUUAAUUUUGUGUACUUCUGUUUAAUUAUUAGAACAGCUUAUCAAGGCGUGUUCUACGACAUGUUCACGACUGACAUUCGAAAGCCUUCUAUAAAGACAAUCAAGCAAGUUUAUGAGAAUAAUUUUACAAUUGUAGCGCUAGCACUUGAUGACUAUGUGAGGCCUUUAUACACAUUUAGUGAGACAAAUGUCAGACCUCGAAUCAUACAAUUUAAGACAGACUUCGAAAUUAUGAUUUUUUACUGCCAACAAAUUCAAAACUCUUCAGCAAAGCUUGCCUUCUUCCUUCCACACACUGAACUUGAUGAACUUUACAGUAAAUGCAAGGUUCGAGGUCGAAAACUUCGUCAAAAUCUUUACUCAAACUAUCUAGCACUUGGAGUACUGCGCAACAACUUUAUUUAUCAUUUAAUGCAGGAUGUAAUUGAUCAAUUGAUUCCAUCUGGAAUUCCUCAAUACUUGAUAAAAUUUUAUGAUUGGAUCCAUAGUAGAGAUAAAAGGUUUAUAUUUGUUAAGAUACCAAAGGUUUUAACACUAAAGGAUCUUGAGUUUGGAUUUCUUUGCUGGGCAGCAGCUUGCAGCACGUCAACAGCGAUAUUUUUAAUUGAAAUUGUAUACAAAUUUUGUUUAAAGUUUGAGGAAAGGGAAUGCACUACUUUGGCGGCAGCAGUCAAAAAACGAGAAAGAAAAAGAUCUUUAACUUUGGAUAAUUAUCCAUUGUCGAUGGAUGUUAUGGAAGUUAUUGGAAAAUAG